AACACAGAUGUCUUUCCAGGAUGCCUUAUACGACCCUUGUCCAGAAAACUCAAAUAUAUGUGUGGUGUGUGGCAAUAGUGGAACACUCUUUUGCUGUGAUUCUUGUCCAAGAUCCUUUCAUGAAAAAUGUCACAUCCAUCCUAUCAAUCGUAAAAGGGACCCAUGGUAUUGCCUCUUCUGCUGUAUAAAGGGGAUCCAGGAAAAUCUCUCCCCAGAUAAGUGUCAUCAGGAAUCAGAAGUUCUGAUAAGUCCGAUGAAUUAUGUGAACAAAAUGAAAUGCAAGUUCCUCCUUUUGAAGAUAUUUAGUUUUCCCAAAAGCUCCUUUUUCAUCCGAGAACCUUAUUAUAGUAGAGAUCAGAUGUGUGAGGUCUUGAAGAAACCCAUGUGGUUAAACAAGAUCAAGAGGAAUCUUAUUGGGAGAGAGUACUUGAACGUGGGACAGUUUGUGGCGGACAUUCGCCUCGUUAUUGAGAAUCACAAGAUAAUGUACAAGAAUGAAAGCAUCGUCAAUCUGGCAUAUCAACUGGAAAAAGAAUUUGAGAAUCACUUCAAAACCAUAUUUGAAAUUCAGUAAAUAGCAAAAAGAGUUUCCAGUCUGAGAAAUUUCUUCUAUAAUGUAUCAAACGUCUGUCUGGUUCUUCAGAACUCCCAGCAGCUAUAGGAUACCAGGUGCUAGUCCCUCUAACCAUUGUGUCUUUGGGACCAAAAGAUAAUGGAUAUAGGAGAGGGGCCAUUUGCUGCUAGGAAUGGAACCCAGGGCCUCAUACAUAUAUGCAAGGGAGGUGGUGCACUACCACUGAGCCACAUCCCCAACACCACUGCCCAUUUGUCUGUACCUCUGCAAAUAGUAUCUAUCAUGCUCUUUUUCCAAGAUUUAUGUUGCUGUUGUCAUUACACUU